CCAGAUAUAAGAUGGCAGUGGGGGAAUGGAGACCUGGGUAACAGGAAGGCCAAGGAGGAAGGAAGGCUCACAUGGAGCAAUCUCCUUCCGGCUUGGGAGUGUGGUCCAGAAAGCCCCAAGGCGAGCUGGGAGCAAAGCAAGGUUCAGGUUUCCACUGGAAGGAUUCAGCUGGGGAAGAAACCCACUCAGUCCCACCGCCCCUGCCUCUUCAGACUCCCAUUUUGGUUUGGGGGAGAGGGUGAGGCUGCUCCUCACUGCGGUCACAGCCACAUCCUGCAGAGCAGGGGAGGGGGAAGUAAGAAGCAAAACAACCAGAACCACAGGCGAAGACCAUGGGGAGAGAACCCUGGACACAUGGAGCUGAUAUACCGCCGAGAGGGCCCUGAGUUCAGUGCAGCAGAAGGCUCAGACUCUCAGGACUGCCUGCCUUGAGGUGCUUGUUUCUCGUGCUGCCUCAGCGUCCUUUCACCACACUGGGAGCAUUCCAGGGAAGGCGGUUUCUCUGGAUUAUUCGUGACUGACCACACACCCCGCUCUCCAGGACCCAUGGAGUCCUUCAGCUCAAAGAGUCUGGCACUGCAAGCAGAGAAGAAGCUACUGAGUAAGAUGGCGGGUCGGUCUGUGGCUCAUCUGUUCAUAGACGAGACAAGCAGUGAGGUGCUAGAUGAGCUGUACCGUGUGUCCAAGGAGUACACGCACAGCCGGCCCCAGGCCCAGCGCGUUAUCAAGGACCUGAUCAAGGUGGCUGUCAAGGUGGCUGUGCUGCACCGCAAUGGCUCCUUUGGCCCCAGUGAGCUGGCCCUGGCUACGCGCUUCCGCCAGAAGCUGCGGCAGGGUGCCAUGACGGCCCUUAGCUUUGGCGAGGUGGACUUCACCUUCGAGGCUGCUGUGCUGGCUGGCCUGCUGAUCGAGUGCCGGGACGUACUGCUGGAGUUAGUGGAGCACCACCUCACACCCAAGUCACACGGCCGCAUACGCCACGUGUUCGAUCACUUCUCUGACCCCGGCCUGCUCACGGCCCUGUAUGGGCCUGACUUCACCCAGCACCUUGGCAAGAUCUGUGAUGGGCUGAGGAAGAUGCUAGAUGAGGGGAAGCUCUGAGAGCCCCGAACCCAGUGCAUUCCACCGGGGCAAAUGGCUGACUGAGAACACAGAGAAUGGGCUUCCUAACCUGCUCCUCCGGUACUAACGCUUUUCAGUCUUCGGGUUUCAUUCCUUCCCCAGAGCGCUUCUGACUCGGAGGCCAGCCCGCCCCCAAACUGCAGGCGGAGAAGGAGAAAGGCGGAGGGGUGAGGCCUCUCUCCCACUCCAGCCCCAGGACAGGAAACAGAACUGCCUGAAAAAGGUGAAGUGAAACUUGGAUCUCUCUUUCUCCCAUAAGGGACUUCUGAAACAGGGAAGCCCCCUCCCAUGUGAACCAAGGAAAGGAGGCACAGGCCAGAUAACCCCUUUGGGGACACUAAAGACAGAAGAGGGGAAGGUGGCCUUAGAGACAGAGCCGGGACAGAUGCCAGAGGCGCUGCUGCUGAGUGAGGAGGAAGGGGCUUGGGCAAGGCAGACUCUCACAGAGGAAAUAAAACUACUAAAAUGUG